AUGAGCGCGACGGAUCGCUCUCCAGGGGCCUCUCCUCCCUCCCGAAGCUCCUUUGCUUUCAAGUUCACCCUCCUCAAAUAUGCUAGAUCCCCAUCCCCAAGUCAGGGGGACUUUACUCCUCUUCCCUCAAUCAAUGAGCGCCUUGUCUUCCUCCGCCCUUCCCGGGAGCUGUUGGAAUACUAUCGCAAGAAGAUUGCUGAAUUUGAUGAAGAACAUGAAGAUUUGAUAAAAAGGCUGGAGAGAUACAAAGAAACAUAUGAUGAGCAGCACAAAUUGCAGUGGGAAAUACGUCAGCGAGAAGAAGAGAUUGUGGAGUUGCAAAAGGCUUUGAGUGACAUGCAAGUCUACCUCUUCCAGGAGAGGGAACAUGUCCUUCGUCUUUACUCAGAGAAUGACCGGCUGAAAAUCAGAGAAUUGGAAGAUCGAAAAAAAAUUCAACAUCUUCUGGCUUUAGUGGGAACAGAGAAGGGAGAAGUUACAUAUUUUCACAAGGAACCUCCACAUAAGGUCACUGUUCUGCAAAGGCCAGCUAAAUCCAGGGAUCCACAUGAACGAAAUGGUAUUUCUAGAACAGGCAUCAAGAGGAGCACUUCAAAAUCAGCAACAAAAGCAGAGAAACCAGAAAGUCCUGAGAGAUAUCAGAGGGACAAUCAAACACUCUUACUUCAGGUGGAGGCCCUGCAAGCUCAGAUGGAAGAACAGACACGAUUGUCCAAGGAACAGCUUGAGGCACUAUUAGAGGACAGACGGAUUCAUAUGGAGGAAGUCAAGGUUCAGCAUCAGAGGGACCAGGACAAGAUUAAAAAUAUAACAGAUAAGCUUCAUAAGACCCAAAAUCUUUUGUAUGAGAGUACUCGAGACUUUCUCCAAUUGAAGUUUGAUACCCGAGCCAAUGAGAAAGCAUGGAUGGCAGAGAAGGACAGUCUGUUGAGGAAACUUGACAAAGGCCCAGAUCAGCUCAUCAGCAAGACGAUAGAAAGAGAGAAAAAGCAGAGAGAUGUCAAGAAGAUUCUUCAGGAAGAUUAUGAAGUUUGGAAAUUCCAUAGUGGAGAAAUAAAGUCGCUGCAAGAGCAACUAAUGCAGGAACAGCGCCUAUCAAACAUGUACCGAGAGCAGUGUGUCACCUUAGAAGGUGAUCUGGCUAGAAUUCGUGAGGAGGGAGAUGUUGGCAGAGAGCUCUUUAAGGAACGCUCAGAAAAGAUGGGAAAGCGCUUGCAGCUGAUGACUCGGCGAUAUGAAGCCUUGGAAAAACGUCGUAAUAUGGAAGUAGAAGGUUUCAAGAAUGACAUCAAGCAGCUUCGGCAGAGGCUGAAGGAUGUGGAGAAGCAGCUCUUCAAGGUGACUCUAAAUAUUGGACCAGACCAAGAUCUUGCAAUUCUGCAUGAGGUCCGCCAAGGAAACAGACGAACCCAUAAAAUCCAAGGAGAAUUGAAAAUGUUAAAAGCAAAAAUUUAUACUUUAGAGAAUGAACUACGGGUCUGCUAAUGCUGAGGUAUUAGCCAGUAUCCUGUUUAUCAGGAACAGGACCAUUGCUAGGCAGGAAUAGUCAUCUUCAAGAGCAGCUCUUGCCUGUCUGCUUCCUGGCAUCCAGUGACGGAAGGCUUGAGGAAAUCUGCAGUGAAUGUCAUGAUAUCAUAUACCAGCCAUUCCUAACAUGUCCAACUAUAUUGCUGUUUCAGCUGAGAGAUAAGUGAUGAUUAGUCAUGUACUUUGUUGGUCUUAUUAGGGUUUUGCUUAGAACUUCUACUUACCUUUCUAUCUGUGGUAGGGGGCACUGCAUGCCCCCUUCAGCUUUAUUUGGAGCAUAGUACAAACCACAUGUGGAAUUAAUAAUCAUGAAAGAAUCUAAUUUUCAAGAUCUGAAUUGCUUGUCUGAGGUUUCUAUAUGUGGACAAGCAGCUUUUAAAGUGAUUGAAAUGAUUGUGGUGCCUAGGCAUUUGGAGUAUAACUGGAAAUUUUCUUUAGAAAAAUCUUAAAUAGAAAGUCAGUACUACAUUUGAGUCCCAUCUAACCUUGACAGUAUAGCUGUUCUAAAAUGGCUUCUCUUUCCUUGAUUCCAACCUAACUGGGACAAACCCUGACUGAUUUAAUAUGGUGGUUAAAGAUAAUCUAUAAUAGAACUCAUGUGAGAACCAGCAAUGUCAUCUCCAUUGAUUUUUGAUUGUUUUAGUAGGGGUAAAAAAAAAUACUAUCUCUUCAGUCAUCUUCCCCUCCCUUUUCACUCAGGUUAUCUUAAGGCAUAGGAGCUCAUAAUAAAAGGCAGCUACUAUCCUCCUCAACAGUAGUAGUAUCUGCCUUUGCUUUAAACAAUAUGAUAGUUACCUACCAACGCUAAUUGUCAGCUUUUGCUGCUGUUACUCAACAGUAACAGGGACUAGAGUGAAGGAGCAUGCUUCUACAUAGUCUCUGGUUAUAUGACUAUCUCCACACCAGACAUCAGAAUAUUGCAAGUCUAGAAACCUUUGAGAGCAUUAAAAAGCAAUAGAACAUGGCUUCAGCCCUCUCUAUUGUUGCAGGGUAUUCAACCUUUUACUGUAUUGUCAGCAAAUGUUAUCUACCUUGUAGACUGAGAGCAGAUCUGUAUUGGUGCCUUAAGGUUUCUUACCAUAGCUUUACCCUGUUAAAUAUGACAGAAGCAGAACAAUGCCUUUCUGAAAUAUACAUGUGUAGGUUCCAGAACUUCCUUCCCAUUUGAAAAGUAAUCAGGAGUGUGUUAAAGCAGGCGGUUUCUCUUGGAUUUAGUAGUGGCCAUGGAGAGCCUUAUUCAGAGUUCGGGAGAGGCAGAGAGGCGAAAAAAAGAUUUGGAAAAACAAUUGUUUUCUACAGUACCAGCUGAAGCAAUGGAGUGUUAAUUCUUCUAAAAUUCAAGGUCUACUUCAUUUGUGUAUCUUUGCAAAAGGCUUGCUGGCCCUUACAGUCUUCUAAUGUGGCUUCAGCUGGGCAUAUGCACGAAGCCAAACACUUCACAAGCAGAGACUUUAGUGUGGGUGGCUGACCACUUGUGUGUGGGGAUGCUCAAGUGCUUAUUGCAGUCUCUAAAUUCUACAAGUUACAAGAGACAGAUUUAAAAUCUGUAGUUGCUGAUCUGUUUAGCUUAAAAUGCUGAACUAGUCCAAAAGUUGAUUCAUGAAUAGUUCAUGUGCCCAUGCAAUGUGGACAAGCUGAGGAAAGUUAUACUCUGAAUAACAGCAGUACAGUUUUGCUAUUUCCUUGUUGAUUAGCACUUUAUCAAAUAAGCUCCCUCUAGCUAGCCACCUUUGUGGAAUAAUAUGCUGCUAGUUUGAAGAUGGGAUAUCAAAAAUAUUACCACCACUCCUGAAAGGCUACUUCUGAAAAAUUAUCACAUAAUGGAAGUAUUAGAUGCUGAUUUUUUGUAGAAUCCAUCUACUACAGUUAACAGGAAGCUAGCAAAUUGGUCUCUUGAAACUACUGUAGAAAUUGGUUUGUCUGUUUUCAAUUCCUCCAAGCUAAAGAGUAGCCUGAGAAAGUAACUUGUUCUUACCUGAAAGUCAAAAAAUGUGUGUGAAUAGUCUGUAGGCUUGGAUGUUUAGGACUGUAAGUUUGGGACAGAUAUUGGCGAAACAAGGGUAUAAAUGUUUGUUUCCUGUCUUUGUUACCAAUAUUACUUAUUGCUUGAAAGACUUAAGAGUGUAAAUGGGCAGCAUUCCUACUAUAUCUGCUGGUGCAUCAAAAUCAAAGUACAACUUGAACUUUAUUUUUGGUUUGUUACUAGGCUGUGAACCCUUCCUGUGGGUGGGAGGGGAGAGGGGAAAUUACACUAGUACUGAUUUGUAAGUACAUUUUAUUUGGAAGCUUGAAUAGUCUGUCCAAGGGCAAUAAGUGCGAAGUACUGUACAUGAAUUUGUUUGUGACAUCUUCAUGUGACCAUGUAAAAUGUUGCUUUCAUGUUGUUGCCAAAACAAAUGGGGACCUUCAGGCCAUAAGUUGCUUUAAAUAACCAAGUUCUCACUACUAGACAGUUACCCUCUAAUAUCUGUCAGUGAAGAACUGACUCUUCUAAAGGGUUUCCCUGAAAAAAAGGGUCAAAGGCCCACAUUAGUCCAAACUUACUUCCAUGGUUUUGGAGUUGAAUAUAAAAUAGUUCUCCUUUUCUUUUCUCUGAGAGAAAGAGAGCAUGUACUCCAAAGAUUCACUAUCUUUUUUUUUUUUUUUUUUUUUCCUAAUUUACCAGUUAGCAAUGUGUAACUUAUGUAACCUGGCAUUAAGUUGUAUUAAAGUGAUAUAUGUAGGGCAAGGAAUUUGCACUGUAUCUCCAAAAUGGCUGACCCUUAGAAUGGGGAGACUGACAGGGAUUAGAGGUCACAAAUGGGCAAACAUUUUUGUUGUGAAACUGGAUGCCAAAAUGUUUCUUGUGUAAAUAAGGGAAAGUGUGCUGGAGGUGAAAUUCUCUCAUAUAUUCAAUUCAUGAGAUCAGGAUAGAGUGUAUACGUUACAAAAGUUGAAAUACUGAACAAGGCAGAACCACAGAUGAUUGAACAGAGGAGGAAGACUAAGAAUUCAAGUUGUAUUAAAUUAAGACUGAUUUUCCUUCAAGGUAUUCAUAUAUUAAAAGCACCUUAAUCCCAACAGAGAAUGGUUGAGGAAAACCUGAUUGCCUGAAGGUGUAAUUAAACACUGUAUCUAGAAAAUAAAGUAUACCUUU